AGAUUUAGAAGGAAAAAAAAAACAAAGCCGAAAGAGAAAAAAAGAAAAACAGUAUUUUGAUUAACAGGUAAGAGAAUAGAAAUUGAAAUUAGGGUUUAGCAAAGUGUGAAAAAAUGGGAGUUUUGACUAUGGAAACUUUGCCUUUAGGGUUUAGAUUCAGGCCGACCGACGAAGAGCUCAUCAAUCAUUACCUUAGAUUGAAGAUCAACGGUCGUCAUUCCGAGGUUGAGGUCAUUCCUGAAAUCGAUGUCUGCAAAUGGGAGCCCUGGGAUUUACCUGGGCUGUCUGUGAUAAAAUCGGAUGAUCCGGAGUGGUUCUUCUUCUGUCCGCGUGACAGGAAGUACCCGAAUGGCCACCGCUCCAACAGAGCUACCGAUAAAGGGUACUGGAAAGCUACCGGCAAGGAUCGAACCAUCAAGUCAAAAAAAUUGCUCAUCGGCAUGAAGAAGACCUUGGUUUUUUACAAGGGCCGUGCUCCCAAGGGUGAACGCACUAACUGGAUCAUGCACGAGUACCGCCCCAUGACCAAGGACCUUGACGGCACCAGUCCUGGCCAGAGUGCUUUUGUCCUAUUUAAGUUGUUUCGUAAACCAGAAGAGAGGAAUGAUAUUGGGAAGGAUGAUGAAGUAGAACAACCUGGGUAUUUGCCUGCCAUGACAAAGUCUUCUCCUGAUGAUACUUCAUCGGAUCUUCUCCAAGAUACAGUGUCAUCGGAGACACAAGCUCAAAAGCCGGAUAACUUAAUGCAUAAUAAUCUAGUAACGGGUGAUAGCAGCUGCAAUAGUCAUAUGACUUCCGAUGCAGAAGAUAAUGCUGUUGAAGAAACUAUGGUAGAGAAAUUUCCACUUCAGGAAGACAAUUCGAAUUUGUGUGAGCCUAAUUUCGGUGAAAUCGACAACAAAGUCUUCUCGCCAAUGAAAUCGUAUUUUUUUGAUGAUCUGCCACUCUGCAUGGAUUCUCCAUAUGCAAAUGAUUUCGGCCAUGACCAAAACGGAUAUCAGUUCCAGGAUGGGUCUUGUGAACAAGAUUUAUCUUUCUCAUUGUUGGAUGCGGUCCUCAAUAACCAUGAUGACCUCUGUGCAGAAUUGAAUGGUCAGAAGAGCUCCUUUCCUGGAACUGGGAUGCCCUUGUCUGAUAGUUUAUUCAUCUCACCAGAAACCUCCUAUCUCAAAGAAAAUGGCAUAUACAGUGAUGCAGAUGCUAAAAUGCUGCAACAACAGUAUCAAUCAAAGAUUGGAGCUCCCAAGUGGUUUGGUGGGCAUAUUGAUAAUAAGGAAUCUGUGCAAAUGCAAACUUCCUUCCAACCCAGCUGUGCUCAAACUGAACUUCAUGACCAAGAGAGUGGAAUGGGAAAUAUUGGUGAUCUUGGAAACUAUGCUGUUGGCCAAGCAACUUAUUCCACUGAUUCUUCUAUGGGUAAUAAUAAUUAUUUGCAACAAUUAGCCAGUCUGAAGAGUUAUAACAAUGAUGUUGGUGAUCUUGGUGGAACAACUGGAAUGAAGACUAGAGCCUUCCAGCCUCAGCAACAGUCAAAUUUUGAAAACCUUAGAACUGGAAUCAGGAUUAGGGCCCGUGGACCUCAGCAACAACCGAAUUUAGAUAACACCGUAUAUCAAGGAACUGCUCCAAGAAGAAUACGCCUGCAAAAGAAGCUUUCUUGUGGGCCAAUGAAAGUUUCUGCAGGCUGUGUUGAUGAUAGCAAAACUAGCCCUGGUGAAGAAGUUCAGUCUGUUCUAAGUGAGGUCACAGAAGCAGAAGCUACAGAAGAGACUUGUAGCUCUGAUGAUGAGUCAGAGAAAGAGAACCAACCAUUCAAGCUCAAUGGCGUCAAAGAUAUUGCUGAAGAAUCUUCCACAAAACUGAGACAGAGGGUGAAGCAAGAUGGUGAGGGAAGUAGCUGCGAAACGGCUCCAUCAGUGCAAUCGAACGCGGCUGCCACACAUCAUCAUCCCCACUUGAGCUCACUGUCGGUUCUUGUUAUCACUGUUUUCAUUAUUACUAUAUUGAUGGUUCUUGUCAUGGGAAAAGGGAGAUGAGUUGGAUCUUUGGUUCUUGAUGUGGUUGAAAACAGGCAUGUAGGUAGGUUAAUCCAUUUCCCACUGUACCGUGGUGUGAAAAUUGAUCAGGUUUUGUAAAUUGUAUCCUACGUCUAAUAUGUUAUCAAUUCCAUAUGUUACUAGUUUGCAUAUUU